AUGUCAUCUGAAGCACCUGAUGAUCACUGCUGUGGUCAUGAAACCACCAGCCACGAAGAUCCUGCUCCACAACCACUUAUCACUGAAACCGGGAGUCAAAGAAAAGCGAAAAUUGCUGUUGUCGGAUGCUCACAUGGAGAAAUGGAUGCGAUUUAUGAAACAAUGGCACUGAUCGAGGAGAAGAAGGGAUAUAAAUUCGAUUUAUUGAUUUGUUGCGGUGACUAUCAAUCAGUUCGCAAUUACGGGGACUUGCACCAAAUGAAUGUUCCGCGAACAUAUCUCAAUCUUCAGACAUUUUAUAAAUAUUAUUCCGGAGAGAAAACCGCUCCAGUCCUCACAAUUUUCAUCGGUGGAAACCACGAAGCCUCUGGUUUUCUGUCGGAAUUACCGAAUGGUGGAUGGGUGGCACCCAAUAUUUAUUAUAUGGGAUUCGCGAACUGUAUUCAAUUCGCUGGACUCCGAAUCGCUGGAUUAUCGGGAAUUUAUAAAAUUUUCGACGCAGAAUUCUCUCAUCACGAGCGGGCGCCUUUCAAUGAAAAUAGCAUUAAAACUGCAUAUCAUGUCAGAAAUGUCGAUAUGUUCCGUCUGAGACAACUGAAACCAGCGAAUGAUGAUAAAACUUCUAACCCAAUCGAUAUCAUGUUGACACAUGAUUGGCCUGGAGGAAUUCCGGAUUACGGGAAUAAAAAUUGGCUUUUCAAGAAAAAAGAUCGGUUUGAAGCCGAUCAUGACGCUGGAAGAUUGGGAAAUCCCGUCGCGAUGAAGUUGCUUUUUGACUGUCGGCCCCGGUACUACCUGGCCGCCCAUCUCCACAUUGCCUUUGCCGCCCUCGUCCCACACAAGGGAACUGGAACAGACCGUCCCCAACCGACUCGAUUCCUCUCUCUCGACAAACCAAUCCCUGGAAGACAAUUCAUGCAAGCACUCGAAAUAAAUGUGGCAGAAGAUGCGAAAAUGGAAUUGUCAUAUGAUCCGCAAUGGCUGGCAAUUCUCAAGAAUACCGAUUUGCUUACUGUAGCUGACAAAGUGAAAAUAGUACUUCCGGAUAGAGUUGGAAGGGAACCGUGUAUUUAUGAACGGAAAGAUUUCCGACCGACUGAAGAGGAAAUGGCGGAAAUUGAGAAAUUGGGAGAUUUGACGAUUAAAACGGAUAGUUUCAGACACACGGCGCCGCCGUUGAAACAGGAAUCCGGACAAUCACUUGAUGACGUGCCACCCAGUGCCUACUACCGUAACCCUCAAUCCGCGGAGUUCUGUCAAUGGUUGGGAAUCCGAGAUCUGAAUCAAAUGCUCAUCGAGAAAUCAUCAGAAUAUGUAGGCGUUCCGUACUACAUGAUGCCAGAUGACGUGGAUUCGAAACCAAAUCAAGAUGACGUGGAUUUCGGAGACGAAGAUUUUGUGAUUGAUAGAGGACAUCAUGAGGAGGAGCCAGAAGCCAAGAAAAUCAGACUGGAGGGCGCUGAAGGCGUUGGAGAAGAAUCUGGAGACGAUUCGGAAGACGUCGGAGCUGCUGAAUAA